AUGUCGACAUUCGAUCUGGCCAAGAGAUGCAACACACAUUUAGUUGUCUAUCCAUCAGAUCUCCUCCUUAAGCCUCCGCAGAGCUACCUAUUCAUUCAGGACGGUCUGAUUAUCGCAUGCGGUGUUCUCUAUUCCCUGUGUUACAUCUUCUACAUUACACGAUCUCUUAGAGACCGCAAACUGGCUGGUUAUAUCGAAUAUGUAUCGGGGAACUUAGCAUGGGAGCUCUACUACGCAUUCGCAACGGCCUCCACAAGGUUCGAAACGCUUGCAUUCUCCGCCUGGUUCUGUCUGGAUGUUCUUUUCACGGCGCUCAUUAUAUCCAUCUCUCCAACACCAGGAUUAGUUACGAUACGGGUCGUCCUGGGCUUUAUCGUUAUUUAUAUUGCCCUCUGGAAACUCACUAUUAUAUUCCCUGAUGAUCGAGACCAGGUGACAGCAUAUUGGACGGGAAUUCUACUUCAACUUCCAGUUGGCUGGGGAAGCCUUUACUUUCUCCUUCGAGACUUUGAUCUUAGGGGCCAUUCGUUGGAAAUUUGGAUUGCGCGUUAUCUCGGAUGUUUAGCUGCGUACGGAGUUUUCAUCUGGCGGUACCUCAAUGUACCAGAAAACUGGACUUACGUGGGCUCAUUUUGGAGUAAAAUGAUUAUGUUUUGGACGUUGGUGCCUGAGACAAUCUAUCCAUUCAUGUAUAUGUUUGUCUGGGUUAAAACAAGACCACUGAGCAGCUUGGAAAAAGCGAAGGAAGAUAAAGCAGAAUGA